CUACCUAUACGGGUAUUAAUUUGGAUGAUCGUAAAAUUAGUAAUAAUUCAGGACGAAAAACUCUUGUUCAAAUAUUAAAAAGGUUAAAUUUUUCUAAUACCGAAUGUAUGGCAAGUUCAAGACAUAAAUCUGAACAAGGUUUGGCAAGAUAUGAACAACCAGAAACUGAAAUGCAAUAUAAUAAUGCAAUGAAACUUGCUCAAACAUUUGGAUUAAAACUGCAGUUAAUUAUAAUGAAACAACAUCAACAAAUUCUUUAUUGA